AUGCCAUCUUCAUCCGUCACAGUAGCGCUCCCCGCUUCGGCCGACGAGUCGGUCUUCAGCUCGGUUUCGAGUUUCUUCUCGUCGCUUCUGCCCGUUGCGCACGCCGAAGAGGAGUCUUCCGACGACAGCGAGGAGUCUGAGGACAAAGAGGAGGGCGGCGAGGACGAGGAAGAAGAAGAGGAGGAGGAAGAGGAGGAGGACGAGCCCGAGGACCCGGCGCCUGCCAUCUACGAGGAGUGCGAAAAGUCCAAAGCCUGCGCUCCGCUCAAGCACCACUUUGACGAGUGCACCAAGCGCGUCGAGGAGGGCAAGGGCUUCGAGGGCGAAAACUGCAUCGAGGAGUUCUUCCACCUCUCGCACUGCGCACAAGAGUGCACCGCUCCGAAGCUCUUCCGCAAGCUGGUGUAG